CUCUCAUUUCAAAUUUUCAAACUCCCGAGAGCGGUUGGAAAGGAAAGCGGCUCCUGAAUCCAUCCGAAAACGAAUCGAAUCGCAUCCAGUCAAGAUCCUGCAUUUGCCGUGGUACUGAAAACACCGAAUUCGAGUCAAAGCGCAGUGGUGGUUUUCUCUCUCUCUUUCUCUCGCGUGUGUGUAUGUGUGCGAGUGGCAGGAAAAGUGCGAAGCCGAAAUCUGUUUAGCUGAAAGAAAGCGCAACUUCAAUUAGCAAGCAAAAGUUGUAAAAGAAAAGCCAAAGCAAAAAAAAACAAGAAAAAUGGCAAGCGAAGUGGCCCAAAUACCCGCCGAGGAAACGCCCGCAGUGGCGGCGUCGGAAAAGCCAGAAGAGCCGGAAAAACCCGCAGUGGAAAAAGUGGAGAUUGCCGAGGAUAAGAAGGACGAGGCAGGUAAACAGCAGCAGGAUAGCGAGGAGCCCAAGAAGGACGAGGCCGGAAAGCAGCAGCAGGAUAACGAGGAACCCAAAAAGGAGGAGGCGGCGGCAAAAUCGGAAGUGGCUACCAAAUCGGAAGCCCCACCCGCCCAGAAGUUCAAUGUGCACAAGACCAACUUCGAAAAGGACAUUAUCUAUCUGUACCAGUUUUCGCGCACCCCGCUGCUGCCCUCUUUAUCGCCGUAUUGCUUGAAGGUGGAGACCUGGCUGCGUCUUGUGGGCCUGAAAUACGAGAAUGUCGAUCAUAAGAUGCGUUUCCGCUCCAAGAAGGGUCAACUGCCGUUCAUUGAGCUGAACGGUGAGGAAAUCGCCGAUUCGGCCAUUAUCAUCAAGGAACUGUCGUCCAAGUACGAAAAGAAUCUGGACUCGGGUCUCACCGCCGAGCAGAGGAAUGUCUCGUACGCCACGAUUGCCAUGCUGGAGAACCAUCUCAUCUGGAUCAUUUUCUAUUGGCGCGCCAAGUAUCCGGACAAUGUGCUCAAGGGCUACAAGGUCAACUUGCAGCAUGCCCUCGGCCUGCGGCUGCCCAACUCGAUUCUGAACUUCUUCUUUAAGAUCACCUUUGGUCGCAAGUGGUUCCAGGGCACGAAGAAGCUGAAGGCGCAUGGCAUCGGCGUCCACAGCGCCGAGGAGAUCGAGGAGUUCGGCAAGAACGACCUGAAGGUGCUCAGCGAGAUGCUCGACUGCAAGCCGUUCUUCUUCGGCGACGAGCCCACCACCCUCGAUGUGGUGGCCUUCGCGGUCCUCUCGCAGCUUCACUAUCUGUCCAAGGACAUUGCGUAUCCGCUGCGCGACUACAUGACCGAGAAGUGCCCCAACUUGAUUGGCCACGUUUCGCGCAUGAAGGACAAGUGCUUCCCCGACUGGGACGAGAUCUGCACGAAGCUGGACCUCAAUGCGCACAUUCCCAAGCCAGAGCCCGAGACCAAGGAAGGCAAGGAGGGCGGCGAGCAGGAGAAAUCAAACGAACAAGAGGGCCCUGAGGGCGACAAGAUCGAGAAGGAGUUGGAGAAGGACAAGUCAAACGAGAAGGAGUCGACCGAGGAGAACAAAGAGAAGGAGGAAACAAAGUAAAUUCGCCGUUAGUUAUAUGCGUACAUAUAUCUAGUAUAUGUGUAUGAUCGAAGGAAACAAAAACACCCACAUACACACACAUUAUAUAUAUAUACAUACGUAGUACGAUACUAUAUAGUAAGGCCCUAUAUAGCUAGGCGCUGCGCUCUCAUAUAUAAGCAUUCAGACAUCAGAAAACCACUCGAAAAACAUAAAAAAAAAAAACAUUAAGAAAACACCCAUUUACAAACCUAGGACAACUGUAAAGCAAAAGCAGGCAAAAACCAUCAGCAAGAGAACGAUCCACUAAGUAAUGAGAAAAACAAAAAAAAGCAUAUACAAUAACGUAACGUAAAAACUUUGGACAUCUUUUUUUAUAUAUUUACACGACGACGUUUGUAUUACAAGAACAAGAAACAAAAAGCAAAAAAUUUAAGAAAACGCAAAAAAAACCGUAAAAACCAUUUAGUAUAAAAUUAUAAAAGUUUAUACGUAUAAAUAUUAAGAAGAUGAAUGAAAGCGAUGAGAGCGGGGGGAGAAAUUAUAAAAAAUUAGUUAAAGAACUCGAAUAAAACAAAGAACAAGUGAGCAAAACGUGAGUAAAAAGAGUGAAGCCAGAUAGGAGGAAAAGUUAGGAAGGUGUAGUACAGCAUACAAUACGCAUUAAUCAUUAGUUUUCAUUCAAAAGCGAUCUAUAUAAUACACUCAUCCACACUCACACUCACUCUCACAGACACUCUCACACACACACACAUAUAGCAUAUGCAGCAACAAUUGCAACUCGAAGGUAUUGUUUACUCUUCCAAAAUUGAUUAAGCUUAAAGUAAAGAAAAGAUCCGCAACCAGUACGAUAGAAGGAUAUGAUAUGAUAUGACAUAUAUAGUGAUGGUUAGUAGGGAUGGCAUGCAAUGGGAAUGAGAAUGAAAAUGGUUUAGGAACGAUAUAACGGAAUGACGGCAAUUAAGUUUAUUUUUUAUAUAUAUAUGAUUGCAAAUAGUAAUUUUGAUUCUCGUGUGCAAAUAAUUAAACAAAGCGGAUAAAAUUUAUUACUUAUAAUUAUAUAUAUAAAACCUUAUAUACGCCCAUUAUGCAUAAAGAUGUGUAUAAAAAAAAAACAAAAGAAAACAAAACAAACAACAAAACGUAAAAACUGUAUGUUGGUUCUUUUAUUAUAUUAUAUUAUAUUUUAUUUCUAUAAAUAUUAUUGUAAUUGUACUGUGUAUUAUGAUUUUGCCAACCAAAAUCCCCAUUCGUAUGAGAUGCUCAGAGCGUUGAUCCAUCGAUGUUUUCACCCACAUACACAUAAUAAUAAUAAUAAUCAGAACAAUUCGAACCAAAAAUAAUACUCGGCCAUCCAUACGAACAAAAUUUACCUUUUAAUUUGUACGAAUUUGUAACUACUUAUGUAUAUUCUCUUUUGGUACGUCCACUGAAACAAAAUUAUGUACACCACAAUUAUUUUUUCUACUGUCUUGUGUUUUAUACGAUUUAAUUUAAUGAUAUUGAUUAUGCAAAUAUAUAUAUAAAUAUAAACAUAAUUUCUACUGUAAUUAAAAACGCUGCUGACAACAAAAA